CAGCGUCUGUGUCUACAACAGCAUAACUAAAUGAGUGAUUAAACUGAACGAAUCCGAAGGCCUAACAAAGUAAAUAUCUGAUACAUCUGAAUGUCAUGAAAAAGAACACAGAAGAUGGAACUUUUGAAAACGUUUAACCUAACUUCACGCCCAAAAGGCCGCUUGGUGCGCCUCAGCCGGACGGAACGGGUUGGAACGUUCAGAUAUACACAUGGUAUGUAGAACACAUUGGCUCUUUUCGUGACAUUUCUCUAUCUGCAAAGUUCGAAAACGUUUGUCAAUUGAACAUGGCCUCGCCUUAUUCCGUGGGCGGGGUAAAGAGCACCUGUCUCUAACUACGGUAUAUUCAAGACAACAAAAGGAGGUCGUUUCAACAGGGAAGUAGUUUCGCCUACAGCAUCUAAUAAUCUAAGACGAAUUGCUACUUCGAUCGAGAAAAUAUUAUUUGGAAGACUGUUAUUUACUUUGACGAAGGCUUUCGCGGAAGAAAAACAACAACAAUGAAACAGGUGUGGAGUAGUGGUGUAUUGUUUGCACUGCUCGCGGUACUGGUCCGCGGUCAGUUGGGCGAAGAGAAACAAGGAUGCGCUUGGGAUGUAGACCCCGACCAAGGUCUUGACCCAAAAUCUCUUGACGCUGGAGCCAGCUAUUUGGCUCACCUGCCGGAGAUAUCAGACAGCAUGGGGUGUAAGGAAGCUUGCUGCGGCUACCAGGACUGCCAGCUCGCUUUGGUUGGAGCCUCAGCGGAUGGACCAUCGGAGUGUUUUCUCGUCAACUGCAUGAAAGAUGGAAAGGACGUCUGCGUCUUACAGUCCGAUACACAGUUCAAGGUCUUCCGCAAAAACUCUCAUCCAAAGACUACAAACAUCGAAGUGGACGAUAUUAGUGAAGCUGGUGUGCCCAGGGAAGUCAACUCGACAGAUAAGUGCCGCAUGCCCAUGGUAGUGGGUUCCUGCCGCGCUGCCUUCCCCAAAUACUACUAUGACGUCACCAACCAGUCCUGCAAGCUGUUCAUCUAUGGCGGCUGCAACGGCAACGGCAACAACUUUCACAGUCAGGAGGAAUGUGAGGGGGCUUGUAGUGGGGUGACAGGUACUGUGCUGCUGUCCAAGGACUCGCCCAUGCAGAGAAGAAUGGCUAUGACUGCCGAUGAUCGAGUGGCUGUCAUCGCUGGCUCUAAGGGAAGGAAAGGAUCUGAUGCUGACAAACCUACAGAUCACAAGAGCAUUGAAUAUAAAGAUGCUUGCAUGGUGCCCUCGGACUCGGGCCCUUGCCGCGCUGCCUUCAAUCUGUUCUACUUUGACCCCAGCACUAGCUCCUGCCAGUCUUUCAUCUACGGUGGCUGCCAGGGAAACGGCAACCGCUACGGCACACUGGACGAAUGCAUGGCCCGGUGCACUGGAGAGCACGGUGAGCAAGGGCAACACAAUGGCCAUAACCGCGUGACACCAGGGGUCUUCCUGGUGGCCAUGCUGGCUGUGAGUUCAGCUCUGAUCCUGAUGGGUCUGAUCCUUAUCACCAUCUGGCGCUCCAAGCUGCAACGUGGCCACCGCCGCCUCGGUGACAAGGAGGACCUGCUGCCCUACGAGCAGCUGUUUGAGGAGCAGCUGCCCGAGGAAGCGCUCCCAAAAGUGGGCACCGCACCAUGAGGGAGCCUGCUCCUGUGUGGCUCCAUGGCGCCACAGUCGCCUUACUCCACUGUCACUUUCCAUUCCACAAAUAUCACUGACCCGGAAUGCCUGCAUCUGUUGGUUGUCAAGGGAUGUAUUCAGAUAUGAUGGGAAGUUGUCUAAUUGUGUAUUUUUGUCCAAAUAGCCACUGUACUAAUGACAUAGAUACAGUGAUACGUGCAUUGCUAAUACAGGCACACCUGAUGGGUGUUUUUUGGGGUUUAGUGAGUGAUUUAGACCUAUGCUUGACAUUUUCAGAUCAUAGUGAAUUUCUGCUGCUGUCAUUUACUUCUUGUUUAUUUAAUUAUAAAGGCUGAAACUGCCGUCUCCCGGACACAGAUUAAGCCUAAUCAUGGAGUAAAACAAACUCAAUUGAGAAUCUCCAUUUUUAAAAUGAUUUUUAGUCCAGGGUUAGGCACAUCAAUGGGUCUGGGGGAAACCUCGCCUGAAUGCGUUUUUUAAAAAAAAGAGAGAAGCUUUUGUAAACUUGAGUUAAUGAACGGCGCUGCUACACUGUUUACUGUGAUGUUAUUUUGUACACCCUAUAUUCAGUGGCAAGAUUGCCUUUUUUUUAAAGUCAAUUUAAUGAACAAAUAACAUAUGUAGUUAACAUUUUACUUACAAUUUAAGAGGUGCACAUAAUUUAAAUCUUAAACAUGACAACAACUGUUAUUUUCAUGACUUACACUAAUACCAGACACUUAUCUCCUCCAUAUAGAAUGUAAAUGUUCAGUAGCUUAUUGUGGGAUUUCCUGUUCUACCUGUAACUCUGCAGCAGUGAGCCGGAUGAUGUCAACACUGCUUCCUCUGUAUUAACUACUAACCGUUUAAUAAAGGACUGGUACUUUA